AUGGGUGACUGGAGCUUCUUGGGGAACAUCCUAGAAGAGGUGAACGAGCACUCGACGGUGAUCGGCCGCGUGUGGCUGACGGUGCUCUUCAUCUUCCGCAUCCUGAUCCUGGGCACGGCGGCCGAGUUCGUGUGGGGCGACGAGCAGUCCGACUACGUGUGCAACACGCAGCAGCCCGGCUGCGAGAACGUCUGCUACGACGAGGCCUUCCCCAUCUCGCACAUCCGCCUGUGGGUGCUGCAGAUCAUCUUCGUGUCCACGCCCUCGCUCCUCCUCCUCCUCCAGGAUCUCAUCACAGAUCUCGGUGGUCUGGGCGUAGGACGACAGGGUCUCGUUGUACACUUUGGAGACGUCCUCGGUGGGCAAGGGCGUGGGCAUGGACAGAGCAGAAAGCACAAGCUAAACCCCUUCUCUCGGUCGCCGUGCCAACACGGCUGCCAUGGCGAUAAAGAUCCAGCCCGGUCAGCACAAAGCAUUGUCCAGCCAGAGGCUGACCCUGGGGCUCCAGGAAUGCCCACACACAUUCGGCAGAGGAGCAAAUUCAACCGGUCACUCAUUAUCCUUUGCUAA